AUGCGUCACCAUCAAUGGAUAAUCGCCAUCGGAGCCCUCGGAGCCGUCGUCUGUGUGCUGUUAUCGAUCACACGUUUGGGUGAGAUUCGGGAAAUUUGGGUGACACGAUUUGAUCAGUUUUUUAGUUUUUUUUCUAGUUUUGAAGGCAAAAAAAUCAAAGAAAACUCCAGUGCUGGGCAAUUGGCCGAUCCUUGACCAAGUGGUUUAAACGUUUAGGUCUAGGAUAGGCCAAUUGCCCAGCCCUGUUAAAACCAUGCUUUUUGCAACAACAAAAAAAAACUAGAUUGCGCGUGAAGCUGAGCGCAAGGUACGCAAUUGCGCGUCUGGUGAGGUGAACGGUGAGUGCACCGUCAGUUGAAUUUUUGGAAAAAAUCUCAAAAAAUUGAUCGUUUUCCAUUGAAAUUUCGAGUUUUUCGCUCUUAAAAUGGCCAAAUGUUUUUUCGAAAUAUUAAAAAAGCUUAAAACUACAAAUUAAAUUUUCCUCUAAAAGUUCGCCUUCCAGCUUUUCCUCAAUUCAGGUUUUCUCUUUUCAGGUAGUACUGGCAGCCGGGACACGCACAAUCGAAUCAAACGAAAAGUAAGAUGGGAAAGUAAGUUCUCAAACGAAUCGAUAAGAGUCUAAUAGUUGCAUUAAAAACUAAAUUUUUCUCAUUAGACUCGAAUUUGAAUUGUCAGAGUUCUCAUCAUACAUUCCGUAAAUUUCAAACAGCACAAAUUUUGAGCUAUCUUCGAAGAAAACUGGAAACUGGCGACACUCGCGCACGUCUUGUACGUUCACCGCGGCUUCUUCUUGGGCGACACGAACUCGUCGCAAGUGGUCGAUUGGACGUGGAAACUCGAAGGAUCGAGACACUCCGGGUGGCCGUAUGAAGUGUUCAAUGCCCAAUUCAUCGAGGAGGCAUCUUUCGAGUCGUUGAGCGACAAAUUCCUCGAAACCGCCGAUUUCAUUGAGAAUAUGCCUUCGGGACCAAACGAUACUCUGGAUUACUGGGCUGUUUUCGUACCGGUUCGCAUAAUCAACGAAAUCAAUGAGGACGGCGAAAAAGUUAUUAUUGCCACUAUGGACAAGAUGAGCAAUGUCAGCUACAGCGAUAUCAACAAAAUGAAGACGGAGAACAACUGGACACUGAUUGGCGAGGAAGUCGAUGCCAGUUUACGUUGUCUGAACUCUCUCGAUCAGCCCAUGACCGCCGAGGCCCUAAUUGAGCAUGUUCGUUUGGAAUGCGAGAAUGUGAAACUCAACGAAUCGACGAUCGCCAUUGUCAAAAAGGCAAAUUCUACGAUUCGCGACUUUGAAAAUAAUAUUGGUAAGUUUGUAUUGAUACCCGGCGAUCGGCCAUGCGUAAAUCGACGUGAAUUUUUCGAUGCCUUUCCAGAAAGCAGCGCGAUUUCAACGAAUUUGUUUCGUUUUUUGAUGCAUUCAUAUCUUUCACACCUAAUUCACGAUUUUCUUCAUAAAACAAACAAAAAUUCACUUAAAUGAAGAAAAUUGUGAGUUAGGUAUGAAAAUGGAUGGAAAUGCAUUGAAAAACGAACAAAAUUCGUUGAAAUCGUGCUGUUUUCUGGAAAAGCAUCGAAAAGUUAAUGUAGAUUUGCGCGUCUCUUCGUGUCGAGACCCGCGUGGUCGAGUGGCCUGGGAUCAAUAAAAAUCGCUCUUAUAGUUGACAUUUUUCUUCAUUUUCAGUGUCGAUGAUCUCCGUUGCCGAAACCUUCCUCAAAUAUCACGAAAUGCGUUCGAACCUGACCAACAUUCCUAAAGAAAGUAUGCAGAAGGCAAUCGUUCAAGUCAAAAACACGGCAGCCAAGUACAAAGUCAUCAAAACGAUUCUCUCGCAAUGGGAAUCGCUCAAAGGAGGGCAUCUGGCGCUCUGUGUCGAAGAGUUUAUCAACAAGAUCGAUGGUCGGACCACACUCCUCCGCAAUCUAAUUAACUACGACAUCUUCUCGACGGUCGCCGACAACGACAUAUUUCUCUCGUCGAUUCUCAACGCAGGAAAUGGAUUGGAGCUUCUGCUGACUGCGAUCGAGCCGGUGAAGCCGUACAUGGAGGAGAUGCGUCGGCUCGAGAACCUGUUCAGAAAAGUCAGUGUCGAAAGGUACAUCUACACGACCCUCCGUCAGUUCUCGAGAUUCCUCCCGCCGGAAAUGAAAGAACAAGAAAAGAGACUCGUGAACAAUCUCAAUCUGCUUGAUUGUCUGGAGAAUCCGAUGUUUGUGGAGUAUCCGGAAAAGGAUGAAGUUGAAAAGUGGAUCCAGAAGGGACGGGCGUUUGUCGAUUGGGCUCAAAAGAAUCAGAGCACGCAAAUCAGCGAUAACUCUUUUGCUAAUUUGGAUUUCUGGCCGGCUAUUCGAGACGGAUUCCUUGAAAUUGUCGAACGGAGUCGAGCGAAUAAAAGUGCGACACUAGUGGUUGAAGAGCUGAAAAUGGCCAACAGAAAGAUGCCUCUGGAUCAGGUCAAGCAAGUGCUCACACUUGUCAAGAACUUCACGAUGACCAUCGAAUACGACAACAAAUAUCAAGUGGAAAACGUGAAAAAAAUAUGGUCUGAGCUCAAAGCGUUCGGCGAGAAAGUCUACUCGAAGGGAAUCAUGGUGCCAGCCUGCAAAACGGUCAUUUUCAAUCCGGAAAGUUUUCACCGCUUCGCUGAAACCUACUCUACCUACCAGCAGUUCAAGAAAGAGAAUCUGCAGGGUCCGCUGCGAUCGUACGUCGAAAGGGCGCUCCGACCUCUGCAAAUGGCUCAACGGGUCCUACGAAACCUCACGGACAUCGCCACAAAACUACAUGACCACGCGUUCAGCUACCCGAUCUACGCGGACGAACUUUCCCUCCGACUCGAGCAAAACAAGGGAUCGCUGGAGGACAUUGCACAAGCGGCCCAACACUUCGAUCGGUUACGCAAAUAUGUAUACGAGGCGGAGAGCAUCAUGUUUCUCGUCAAGAACGCCGACGUCGUCAUCGAAGAAUCAUUCAAAAUUACCAGUAAGGAUUUGGCGCCCUCGCGCAUUCGGAAGGCAUACGAAGAACUGAUGACGAACGAGCAGAAAUUGAGAAAGAUGCUGGCGGAUAUAAAAGAACUGCAUCGGAUUGAUCAUGGUGGCGACUGGAGAAGCGUGGCGGAUCUGUCGGUGGUCUACGUGAACGCCUCGAUGAUCGAAGGCGUCGAAUUGAAAGGACUGUUUCCGGUGAUGUCAAUGUUCAGCGAGGACCAGAUGAUGGCGAACGCAACGCUGCAUACAGCGAGACACUUGGCAGAGCGAGUGGGGAAGUUGGAUAUUGAUUGGAAGGAGAGCAAGAUGGCGAUGCAGAGAGCAGCGGAGUCUUUGAAGCGGAUCGAGGAGCCGAUUGCGAGAUUCUUCCGAUUCUGCAUCAUCAAACCGGCCAAAUACGUCUGGAAGUUGUGAGUUUGAACAAAUACACGCUCACAAUCAUUUCCUCCAUCUUUCAGCAACUUUGCCCACAUCGCGUUCACAUUCGUCGAGUACUUUUGUUACUUUUUCGCUGUCUACACGAUCUACAUUUACUGGACCAGAAAUGACGGAAUGCGGCCGCGAAAGAAGAAAACUGUGGACGAGCCGUUCUUUGUGGUCACCAAGGAGAACUGGGAGCACAUUCCGCAGAUGCUCCAAGAGGCGCGGCUUCCGAUAAAUCAGCGAGACGAGAACGGAAAAACGGCGUUGUUCCGAGCUGUGGAGGAGGACAACUACACGCUGGCGAAAAUGCUGGCCGAACAGGGAGCGGCGAUCAAUGCGACGUGCGGUCCGACUGCCCGGACAGCUCUCCACGUGGCCGUGAUCAACAAAAAUCCGGAAAUGGUCAACUUGCUCUUCAAGCACGGUGCCAUGAGAUAUACGCUUGACACGAACGGGAAAACGCCGAAGAAGUACUGCUACAAAGGCAUGGGGAGCAACCACAUCGACGGACUCUUCGCCAAGUACAGGGACAUUAAAGUGGACAGUGAGUCGGGCGAUUCCCAAUCGAGCACAUUACCGUUUUACAGGAGUCAUUCCGAAAGUACAGAGAGACUUCUACGUUCUGAUUGUGGAACCAGAGAAGUUCGCUGAAGAGAACGUGGCUCUUCUGCCGGAACGCCUCGACGUCGUCUACGGAUACCGCGAGUGGGAGGUGAACCUCGACGACUUCACGCACUUUGUGAUCGAUCCGCUGAAGGAGGGCAACAACGAUUUGCACCUGGACUUUCUCUUCAAACUCCCGUUCUGGGAAAUCCUGGCCAAGUAGGUCCGAUUUGAAGAACAUCUAAAAUUCGUUGCUUUUAGGCCAGGAAUGAUUGUCUCUUCCGCGUGGCUCAAUGCCUGUCUGGACGAUCCGGCCGCUGUGGACGACGACUGGAAGUUCCAGCUCAAAGACAUUUCGUUUGAAAAGUUUGUGCACAAGGAUCGUGCGAUUCUCUGCAAGAAUGCCAUCAACAGACUGGUGAGCUAUUGUGAAGUUCUGAAAUCUGGAAAAUUUAUUUGCAGAGACCGCCUCUUCUGGCCGGCGCCUCCAUCCACACUUCGCCGACGGAGAAGUACCACUUCAUCCGAGAGGACUGGGAUCAUUGGCAGCGAGUGAUCGAGGCCUUCGGAGGCACGGUCGUCAAGGAGCCGCUGCCGUCGCACGAGGACGCCGUUCUCUACCACAACUUCUUCUCCGAGAGCUUUGCCGGCGCUCCGCUCUACCCGUCGAUUGUGCUCAUGUUCAAAGACUCGAUUGUGAGUUGAAACGAUAGAAUUGUUGAAAAAUGGGUGGUACAAGGAAUGUUCUCAUUCAUAGCAUUUCUCAUUUAUAGCAGUACUCAUUCCUUUUACACCGAAACGAUUAUUUCUGUUGCAGAUCUUCGAGAAAUGGACGUAUCCGGAGAACCACAUAACGGUCGUCGGAUGGGCGUGGCUUCCCGAGUCGAUCGCCCGAUAUUCCCUGCUGCCGCCGGACCACGGAGUCUUCAGAUACGAGCCGAAACCGUCGCAGCUCCAUCAGAUAUUGGAUCGAGGAUCCAGAUACAACUAG